AAAUCUGUUAAUCGACGAUAUAAAACCUUUAUUAUGAAGACUUUGAACUUUGAUCAUGUAUACCAGGAACGGAGUGAUAUUGAAAAUUUCAUGGAGUGUAUGGUUAUAUUGCAAAUUAAGUGGUGUAUGUU